AUGGAGAGCGAUGUCAGCACGGUCCGAAGUCAGCGGCAGGAGCGAGACGGAGAGACGUGGUCGAUGCAGUUCUGGAAUCCAAGGGGCAGGAGCAAGACGGAUGAGCGUUGUCAGGGCAGUCCAAGGUCGAGAGCUGAAUCCACACGAUGGGAGCAGGGUCCAAUGAAGCAGGGUUCCGAGCAGGGAACAGGCUGGCUGCUAGGAAUUAUUCCAGGUGUCUGCCAGAACGUGCAAAGCGUCCUGCUUCCUCUUUUCUACUUUCGGCAUCCGACCUAUGCCCUCAUCCCCAGCUGUGCCUUAUCACCCCAGCUUCCACCAUCACUUACCUUCCUCUCCGACGGCAGGCCCGGUUGUAAAUCGAGCCCCCGGCUUCACAGGAACUUAGGCCGAAGCCUAGCUUCCGGUGAUGUUGGGGACUCCAUUUACACCUUGGACGGACGGCGGAGAGGAAGGAAACAUGGGAAAGCCAGGAGCCGUUGGAGGCGCCUGAUGUCUGCUGUGGGCAGAGGCCAUCGCAGGUCCAGGAUUCUUUCACAACCAGCUCCAGGACCCUCCUCAUCAGGACUGGACCGUUUGCAGGAGAAACCCAGUAGAUGCAGGACAGUCGUACCAUGCCUGGAGCAUUGUAAGGAAGAAUACGACAAAGUCUCUAACCUGUAUCAGAACAACAGGAUACGGACGACAAAGUACAGGUUAUGGAACUUUAUACCAAAGAAUUUGUUUCAGCAAUUUCACAGAGCUGCCAAUUUAUAUUUCUUAUUUAUCGUUCUGCUAAACUGGGUUCCAGCGGUGGAAGCCUUUAAAAAAGAAAUCACAAUGAUCCCUCUUGUUGUGGUUCUCUCCAUUAUUGCAAUCAAAGAUGCCCUGGAGGAUUGCACAAAAUACAAAUUAGAUAGAAAGAUAAACAACUUAGUAACCCAAGUCUACUGUAGGAAAGCAAAGCAAUACAAAGCCAAGUUCUGGAAAGAUGUUCAUGUUGGUGAUAUUAUCCGUCUGUCUUGUAAUGAGGAGAUUCCAGCCGAUAUGGUGCUGAUAUAUUCUAGCGAUGGAGACGGCAUCUGCCACCUGGAGACAUCAAGCCUUGAUGGGGAGACCAAUCUCAAAGAGAGGCAGGUGGUCAAAGGAUAUGCAGAGCAGGCUACUGAACUUAAUCCGGAAACCUUCUCAGGCAAAAUAGAAUGUGAGCCCCCUAACAAUGAUCUCAACUCCUUCCGGGGCUUUCUUGAGAAUUCAAAUAAGGAGCGAGUGGGACUGAAUAAGGAAAACUUGCUGAUGCGAGGAUGCACUGUCAGAAAUACAGAAGCUGUCGUUGGCAUUGUGGUGUAUGCAGGUCAUGAAACGAAAGCAAUGUUAAACAACUCCGGGUUUCGUUACAAGAGGAGCCAACUAGAGAAGAAGUUGAACCACGAUAUCAUCUGGAGUGUUCUGCUUCUAUUUGUGAUGUGCCUUAUAGUGGCAGUUGGUCAUGGAUUUUGGUUAAAAAGAUAUUCAGAUCCGCCUCUCUACCAUACCGGAAAACAACUUUCUCCAACCUGGGGAGGAUUUUUAAUGUUUUGGACAAUGAUUAUUUUAUUACAGGUCUUGAUCCCAAUUUCUCUGUAUGUUUCUAUUGAAUUUGUCAAAUUGGGACAUAUCUAUUUUAUCCAGAAUGAUAUUGAUUUAUAUGAUGAAGCCACAGACACCAGGAUUCAAUGUGGAUCACUAAAUAUAGCAGAAAAUCUCGGGCAGAUACAAUACAUUUUCUCGGAUAAGACCGGAACACUCACUGAAAACAAAAUGGUUUUUCGGAGGUGCACCAUUGCAGGACGUGAACACAGCCAUGAGGAGAAUGCAAAGAGGCUGGAAGCAUAUCUGGAUGGGGAUGAGGAUGAGGACGAGGAUGACCCACAGAGGAAUCCUUCCCAUGAUUCUUUGCCACCUCUCUCCAGAUCACGUUUUUUCAGCCGUAAAUCGAGUGCGUUUCUGUCGAGCAAAUCUCUGAGCCGUGUAUUUCGCAGCACCAGUACUAUGGUCACGAGACAACUGGCCUUCAGUAGCCCACUUGAGACAGAUGUUGUGCCAGACAUCCGACUGCUAUACAGGUUCCAUCAGAUUGCUUUGAAAAAUUACACCCUGCUUGACUCGGCAACGCCUAUGCCAGAGGUUGUGUGCAUCAGCGAAUUCUUCACUGCUCUUGCCAUUUGCAACACGGUUGUUGUUUCCGAUCCUGAACAACCACGUCACAAGCAUGAGUAUGAAGGACUACCCUCUGGGACUGUGGAGCCUGGUCAGCUCCUGGUUGACCAAGGAGCUGUGGGCUCUGAAACAAGCAGAGCCAGAGUGAAGAUCACACAACGCUUCCAGGCACUGACUGAACACAAGAAGAGCACAUUCAUGGCCCUAUUCUGUGACAGUGAUUGCCUCCUUGGGCAGCUGUAUGGCACUGUGUUUCAAGGUGAUAAACAAAUUAACAUAACUAGAACGUUGCAGAGGCGGUGGUCUUCAGUUGUUUUGCCCAUGGUGGAUGUUAGAAGCAUGUUUCAAAAGUUAUUUUCAAGAAAAAUUAGCCCUCUACCUGUUGAAACUACAAGCUCAGGUGAAGGUGCUCAGUCUGACAGCCUCAAGAAACAACCAAAGCCUGUUCUUCAUGUGACAUUUCCAACACCUCUGUCCAUUGACACCUCUACAUCUUCUGAAGGCCCAUCAACCACUGUAGUAUCUCAGGAUGAAGAAGUGGAGCCCUUUAGUUUCUCAAGGAAUACAGACGCCAGCUUGUCCAAUGAAAGCUUAAGUUCACUUGAAAAAACUCAAGUUGAAUCGUCCAGUGAAACAUUGACCCCCCUUGAGCUGUCUUAUGAGGCGGAGAGUCCUGAUGAAGCGGCACUAGUCCAUGCCGCCAAGGCUUACCAAUGUAUUUUGAUGGCUAGGAAUCCUGAGCAGGUGACGGUAGACCUGGGUCCUCUGGGAAUACAAAGUUUUCAGAUGUUACGCAUCUUGCCUUUUGACUCUACCCGGAAAUGCAUGUCCGUAGUGGUGAAGCACCCAAUUUUGAACCAGAUUGUGGUGUACACAAAGGGGGCAGAUUCUGUUAUUAUGGAUUUACUAACAACCAAACCAACAGGUAUUGAAAAAAUAGACCUGCAAAGGAAAAGAAUAAAGGAAAGAACGCAGAUGCAUUUAGAUGAGUAUGCUACAAAGGGACUCCGCACCCUCUGUAUAGCUAUGAAGGUGUUGAGCAGUGAGGAAUACCAAGAGUGGCUGAAAGGCCAUUAUUUAGCAGAAAGUAGUAUUGAAAACAGGGAACAGAUGCUCCUUGAGUCUGCAAUGAGGCUUGAGAACAAUUUAACGUUACUUGGAGCCACUGGAAUUGAAGAUCGCUUGCAAGAUGGUGUCCCGGAAAGCAUAGAGGCACUCCGAAAAGCCGGGAUUAGCAUCUGGAUGCUGACAGGUGAUAAGCGUGAGACAGCCGUCAAUAUUGCCUGUUCCUGUAAAUUAAUGGACUCAGCUGAUAAUGUCUUCACCCUUGUGGCUGAUAGUCUGGAUGCCUGUGGAAAGAUGCUGGAGAGCAUUUUAGAAGACAUCCGGACAAAUGCUCCUUCCAAGGACAGGCAAAGCACUGCGUCCCAAACCACCGUUCGCCAGUUCAGCUCUGCACUCGUUAUUGAUGGGCCAACCUUAGAGUUUGCCUUGCAUCUGAGUCUGCAGAGUAAGUUCCUGCAGCUCACCAAAAGUGUCCAGGCUGUCAUCUGCUGCAGAGUGGCACCACUGCAAAAGGGCCAGCUAGUGAAGCUGGUACGGAAGGAGCUGAAGGUGAUGACACUCGCCAUCGGUGACGGUGCCAACGACGUUAGUAUGAUUCAAGUUGCUGAUGUUGGAAUUGGAAUCUCUGGCCAAGAAGGCAUGCAGGCUGUGUUGGCAAGCGAUUUUGCUAUUUCUCAGUUCAAACAACUCAGCAAGCUGCUCUUUGUCCAUGGCCACUGGUGCUACACCCGAUUGGCUAAUAUGGUCCUUUACUUUUUCUACAAGAAUUUGGCAUAUGUAGGGCUCCUAUUCUGGUAUCAGUUCUUCUGCGGAUUUUCGGGAAGCUCCAUGACUGAUUACUGGAAUUUGAUUUUCUUCAACCUCCUGUACACAUCAGUACCCCCCAUCAUUUAUGGGGUGUUAGACAAAGAUGUCUCAGCUGAAAUGCUUUUACGGAGGCCAGAACUUUACACAGCUGGACAAAGAAAUGAGCCGUACGUGAGAUCAGCCUUUGCAGGCAACAUAGCAGAUGCUUUUUAUCAAAGCUUUGUUUGCUUUUUUAUCCCUUACUUUACCUUCCUUAACUCUGAGAUUGACAUCUACUCUUUUGGUAAUGUAAUGAACACUUCCAUGUUCUUUAUCAUCAUGCUACACCUCGUCAUUGAGAGUAAAACUUUGAACUGGAUACACUGGGUUGUUUUAGCUGGUAGCGUCCUUUUGUUCUUCGUUAUUAAUGGGACUUUUGGAGCUACCUGCAUCCUCUGCAAUCCACCAGCCAACCAGUACUGGAUUAUGGAGAGACAGAUGUCUAAUCCAGUGGUGUAUCUGAGCUGCUUCAUCACAGUUAUCGUGGCUCUUCUUCCAAGGUUUAUGUUCAGGGUGAUCCAAUCCACUGUAUUCCCAAAUCCGCUGGUGGAAGCCAGGCAGCUUGAAGGAAUGGCCCUUAAAGGAGGGAAGGGUUUGCUGCACAAUCCAAAAGUAGUCCCAGUGUGA